AUGCCGUUGUUUAUUGUUCUUCUUGGAAACUUCUUGUUUGGUCGAGAGUGUAGAGCGCAUCUCUUCGUUUUUAUUUUCUGCUGCAACGUUUGGCGGCGACGUUUCGAGUCGCGCUUUUGCUUUUCGAGAGACUGGCGUUUAAUACUUACCGAGCUUUUACUCCUUCUUUCUACUUUAUGCGCACAAAACAGAGAUUUGAAACACGUCGGCGCUGGGAUUUUGUCCAUGGCGAAUAGCGGGAAAGAUACGAAUGGGAGUCAGUUCUUUAUUACUUUAGCGCCUACGCCGUGGUUGGACGGUAAGCACACGAUAUUCGGGAGGGUGAGUAAACACAUACAGACGUUAGAAAAGAUCGGGUUAGUAAAAGUCGGGAAGAACGAUAGACCGGUGGAGGAGGUGAAGAUUUUGAGCGCAGAGGUGGACGAUCACGGAAUCAAAUGGUAUUAG